GACAGACCCGCUUCCCGGAGACCAAUCGUUCUGCCCCGCUCGAACCGACUCAGAUGCCGAUUUUGCGCCGUUUGG